AUGUCCUCCUCCAUCUACAAUCACAAACAUUUGCAACCAACAGGCGCCUCUACCCAAGGCCCAUCCCAGCAACAACACAGCCAGGCCAGGCUCAACGACUGCUUCGACACUAUCCGCCAAGAGUUUGAAAUCCUUGCCCAAGAGGUCAAUCACUCCCGUGGCCAGCGAGAUGACCUCGACAACAAAGGUUCGGUCAAUAUCUUCUCAUCUUUCCGCCAUCUCGACGUACUGAUAUCUCCUCUCACACGCUCUUCUAUCUAUCUCGUCGCUCGCAUUGGCUCUCGCCUGACCGGUCAAGUCAAUGAGCUCAACAUCAUCCGCCAGUCUUUGUACGAUCUUGAGACGCAACACGGAAAGAUUCGUGAUCAAUAUGAGGCUGAAAUUCGUGCUCUUCGCUCCGAGCUGCACGCUCUGAGAUCUCAAGGCCGUGAACGUGAGGUCCUUGGCUUAGCUUCCCUCGGGCGUGACCGUCCUGACGCGCUGCGCCCCGACCCUGCCAUUCGUGGUGAGCCCCCCAUGCGUGGAGAACCUCCAGUCGGACGCGAUCGUGAUCGUGAACGCGAACUUUUGCGAGAACGUGAACUUCAACGCGACGUCCCCCGCGAACGCGAUCGUGACCGCGACAUUAUUAUGGCUCCUGGGCCCGGUAUUAUUGGCCGCGGAGAAGGUAUGGGGAGGGAUGCACUUGGACUUGGUCGUCCGCAGGCGGUCGGCGGGCCAGGUGCUGGCCCUCCAGGAGAGGCAGUUCUGAGCGCGCUGCCUUUGACGCCCGUGGGGCUGAGUGCGGGUGCUCCAGGACAGGGCAGCGGAGGCGCUGGAGGCUACGAUUCUUUUUAUGGGAGAGGAGAUCGCGAUAGGGACAGGGAGAGAAUGGGGGAUCGAGGUGGAAUGAGCGAUCGCGACAGAGUAAUGGACCGGGAGCGCGAAAGACCUGACAGAGAUGGACGAGACGUAAAAAGGAUCAAAACUGAAAGGAUGAAAUCUGAUCGUGGUGGUAAGUUGGUUUCCUUUGCAUCUUCUUUCUUUUUCUCGUCAGCCUCAAGAGUGCAUACUCAUGUUGUUCCUGCCCCUUGUUGCAUUGCCCUCCCUGCCUCUGUUCCUGCAGAUCCAUUCUCUCCCGGGAUGUCCCACCCAAGUGCACAUCACGCCCACCACCAAAGCAUCUCCAUUGGACCUCCCGCUCCCGGCUCUGGGGCAGGACCCAGUCCCUCUAAUCCCAAUGCACUUAACUCCAGCACUAGUCUUUCUACACCGACUUUGGGACCCUCUUCGUCCGCCCUGCCGGGUCAGAGCGGCCCUGGGCAGGGUCUCAAUGGGUCGCUCGGAAUGAACGGUGGUGGUCCCAAUGCGAACAUGAAUGGCAAUGGGAACAGUGGGGGUCAGAAUGGGAUGAGCGUGGGCACGAACCCGAGCGCACCGAAUGCGAGUGUGAAUGUGACACCGAAGCUUCCACCAGCGCCGGGUACAGGUACAAUUGCGCUGGGGUUGCCACCCCCGCCAGUACCGUACACAGGAUCGGGACAGGGGCAGGGGCAGGAAGGGCCGGGGGUCAAUGGCGGAGGUAAUCCCCCAUAUCCUCAUACGCCUACCCCAUCUACCGCCCUCCCUCCUACGGCGCCAUCUUUGCCGCCCUCUCACCCGUCAAAUCAACCUUCUGCAGGGACUGGCGCCGAACCUAUGCAAGUCGAUUUGAGCCUCGAUCCUCACACCGUGCCGCCCGAACUAAAGAAGGAAGGGCCAGACUGGUUCGCUGUAUUUAGUCCCCUCACUAACCCCAAUGGAACAAAAGAUGGAGGCCCUGGUGGGGCAAAUGGAGGGAAGAAGCGAGCGCUAGACGUGACGCUGCAACAUACAUUGAUGCACGAGAGCGUUCUUGUUGAUGAGGGAGCGAGUAAAACUGGAGACUUGUACAUUCGAAGCGUGUGCUUUAGUCCAGAUGGCAAGCUACUGGCGACGGGCGCCGAGGAUAAGCUGAUCAGAAUUUGGGACAUUGCGAAGAAACGGAUACGCCAGGUCUUCGAUGGCCACCAACAGGAGAUCUACUCUCUAGACUUUUCUCGCGAUGGUCGUCUCAUUGUCUCAGGAUCUGGUGACAAGACUGCGCGGAUUUGGGAUAUGACGGACGGGAAGCCGAACAAGAUUUUGUCGAUCAAUGAGGAUACUUCAGAUGCUGGUGUCACCUCAGUAUGCAUCUCGCCGGAUGGGCGACUGGUCGCCGCCGGUUCGCUCGAUACUAUUGUUCGCAUCUGGGAUGUCGCAACGGGUCAGCUCGUCGAGCGUCUGAAAGGCCAUCGCGACAGCGUGUACAGUGUUGCCUUUACACCCGACGGCAAGGGGCUCGUCAGCGGCAGCCUUGAUAAGACGCUCAAAUACUGGGAUUUGAGGCCAAUUCUGAGAAAUCGAGAUGGACCAGGUUCAAUCGCACAAGGCAACUCGACUGCUGCGAAGAAUGGUGUCAAGGACGGUGGCGAGAAGGGAAGUCAAUGCACAAUGAACUUCACGGGACACAAGGAUUAUGUAUUGUCCGUCGCAGUCUCGCACGAUGGCCAAUGGGUUGUUUCAGGGUCGAAAGAUCGAGGGGUGCAGUUCUGGGACGCCAAGACUGCAGUUGCGCAUUGUAUGUUGCAAGGUCACAAAAAUUCUGUUAUUUCGAUAGAUCUCAGUCCGGCUGGAAGCAUUUUGGCUACCGGCAGUGGUGAUUGGCAAGCACGAAUAUGGAGUUACACCACACUGUGA